CGGGGGCGGCCCCGGAAGCAGCGCGGCGGCGGCGGCACCAUGGCGGCGGCGGCGGCCUCGGCCCCGGCCCGUGCCCGCGGAGCCGGCCCGGUGUGGCGGCUGCGCCUGCUGUGCCAGCGCUACCAGGAGUACGUGAGGCGGCACCCCGCCGCCACGGCCCAGCUGGAGGGCACCGUGCGGGGGCUCUCCUACCUGCUGCCAGGUCGCUUCUCGGACUCGCACGCGCUGUCGGAGCUGGUGUACUCUGCCUCCAACCUCCUAGUGCUGUUAAAUGACUGGAUUCUCCGAAAGGACCUGCAGGAAAGCCUGCCAGUGUCGCUGCCCCAGCAGAAGCUGCUGACCUGGCUGAGUGUACUAGAAUGCGUGGAGGUCUUUGCAGAGAUGGGGACAGCCAGGGUGUGGGGGGAGAUGGGCCGGUGGACCAUCAUUGUCCUCAUCCAGCUGGCUAAAGCCAUCCUUCGGCUCCUGCUCCUGCUGUGGUACAAAGCUGGCAUCCAGAUGUCUCCUCCCAUUGUGCCACUGAACAGGGAGAAGCAACAGCCUCUCCACCCUCAAGGCAUGGAAGACAACUCCUCAGGGAAGGAUCAGACCUAUGUUGGCAGGCGUUCCAGCCGUGUUGUGCGCUCUCUACAGAGCACCCCGUCCCUGCAGUCCCGGCACUGGGGGUCCCCCCAGCAAAGGGAGGAAUCGCAGAGCCGAAGAACGGAGGAUAUCAACCAGCCUCCCACUCCUCUGGGUCUCCAAGAAACCAUCGCAGAAUCCAUCUACAUUACCCGCCCCCUGCUCCACCUACUGAGUUUAGGAGUGUGGGGCCAGAGAUCAUGGAAGCCCUGGCUCCUCUCAGCAGUCCUGGACAUCUCGAGUCUGAGUUUGCUGAGUGAUCUGAAAGACCUGAACAGGCGAGAGCGGGCAGAGCUGAGGCGACGAACCAUCCUACUGCUGUACUACCUGCUGAGAUCUCCUUUCUAUGACCGAUACUCAGAGGGCAGGAUCCUCCUCCUUCUGCGCUUGUUGGCUGAUUAUGUGCCUGGAGUUGGCUUCAUCACACGGCCACUGAUGGAUUACUUGCCUGCUUGGCAGAAAAUCUAUUUCUAUAACUGGGGCUGAUAAGAAAAGAAGAUGAUUACUCUAUGCUAAAAUCAUGGCUGGACAUUCCUAAGGAGGGCAAGCAGGCUGUGGGAGGGAUGUUGAUAAUGUCUAAUUUUCAGUUAAAUCAUAAAUGAGAAGUUCCUGUUCUGCAGAGCGGGGAGGGGGUUGUAUGCAAUUUUUUAACAGAUCUAGGCGUGAAUGAUGGACACUAAAUGUGUGGGGAGACCCUGGCCACCUAUUUCUCUGGACCAUUCUGUGGCUGCAGUGAUGGUGAUGGGGUAACUUCUUUUUUGAAGCACUUGAUUUUUCUUCUUUUGUACAGCUGUGCUAUAAUAAAGCCAGGCAGCAUAGUGGUUUUUUUGGAGAGCACUUUCUCACAUGUCAAGGUGCUGAGGUUGACCCACAACCUGCUUGUGUUGGCCAUGCCUGGCCCAUCUGCUUGGAGCAGAUUUGUCUGUCAAAUAAACUGACUGAAUGGAGAGAACUGAGCUGAAGA